UGACCUUAUAGUUUUCCUUCCGAAGACUAUAAAUUUAAUUUCGCUCUACACAUGUAAUUUAGCGAAUCGGACCAUUUGAACUACAUGGGCUAAGUUUGUUACCAUGACCAACAACAAAGCUUCAACUAUGCGAAUAGACGCUCGUGCGAGAAGUUUCUUGUUAAGUUUUCAUGUCUGGCAAUCUUGUUUCCCCAGCGGCCGUGUUGCUAUGCGUUGGGGCAAAUCUUUUUAAUAUUUAAAGACGGGAGAAUGCCCACCUGGAGAGCAACUCGCCAUCGAUACAAACGCGAGGCCUAUAGAAUUCCCGCUGGGUAUUCCUAGGAAAAGUCUACUGAGAGUACGAACAUCUAAUUAUCGGGAUGAUGCCUACUAUCGACAUUAUCCGCCAUGCGCAGGCCGCCCAUAACAUCCACGGCAGCCACCUUAGGGACCCGACACUAACUGAUGACGGCGUUGCGGAAUGUGAUCUUUUGAGAGAGGCGUAUCCGUUCGGACCCAUGGUCACCAAUAUCCUCUCGUCUCCCUUACGACGUGCCAUCGACACUGCGAUACUUGGAAUUCUUCCAACGGUACAUGACCACAUCAAGGUCAAACUACUCCCCGAGCUACAGGAGAUCAACCCCUCACCGAGCAGCACGGGAAUUCCGAAGAGCACGCUCUCCUAUCGAUACGCCCGUGGCCAUAACGUGGAUAUGGAUGACCUUGAGGAAGAUUGGUAUCAUAAGGGUUUCGAUACCCCUUACGCGCCAGAGGUGCACAAAGUCGAGGCGCGGGCGCGAUCCGCACGUAAUUACCUACGGAUGCUAGCGAGAAGGGCCAUCGAGGCCGGCCAAAUCAAUGCGCACAUCGUGGUCGUGACGCACGGGGAGUUUGCGCAUUGGCUCACUCGCGACUUCCGGGGCGUGAGCGAAAGACGUAACUCGGACUGGCAUAAUACAGAGUGCCGGUCGUACCGGAUCGAGAACAUCUUUGGGCUUGAUGUCUCCGACCCGGUACUGGCUGAGACGACCGCGAGCAUCGUUCAGCGGAACGGGCCCCUUUUCUACUGGUCGAUAAACCUUCUCACCAUGUACAGCGCCAGGGAACUUGCCGCCAGGCGGGUGUUCGAGUACGGCGAGAUGCUUCGAGUUCGGGAACGAGUGACGUCUUAUCGGGCUGCUGAAGAAUCCGAGCAAGCAGACGACGAAUAUGACGAGCGCGACAUAUCCGACGAAUCUAAUGGAUGGGUUGAUGUAGACGAUGAGUCGGACUGAACUGAACUGAACUGAACUUUGCAUCUUAGUCUAUCAAUAGCGAGGGGACGAAGGAAGCAUGUCAUGUCAUCCCAUCAUGUUUUUUUCUGAAAAAAGGCGUCGAGGCGCAAUAGGGGGAGGGUACCUACCUCUUGUCUGUUUUUAAGGAGGGUUUCUGAUUUGGAUAUUCUCUUGAUGUCCCUACGAAUACCUCUGCGAUAAUAAUAAACUCAUAAAAAAUAUCAUGUGCUUUCAUCAGAGGGAAGUACAUAGGUACCUAAAAUAUAUCAAUGCAUAGGCCACCUGCGUGACGCUACAUGUACAUACCUAUGUACCUACAUGAUGCAUUUAUAAGGGAAUAGCAGCGCAACAAAGUAACAUUCACCGCAAAGCCUUCGUGGUCAAGUGGUAAAAACCGCCUGCUGGGAAACUGCGUUUCUCCAGUUACGAAACUCCCGCUGGGUCAUUGCGCUACUCCGGAAUUUGAAUAUUCUGCUGGGCCGUUGCAUUUCUCCGGUAGUCGCGGGCUUGCCGGGUCAUUGCGUCUCUCCGGGCGGUUUUCUUUUU